UCGAAGCUCAGUCAGCGAUACUGUGUUGUGGUUCGUCUGGUUAUUAAAAUCUUGAUGGACUGAACUAUUUAAUGGAUCUGUCUAUGUUUUACUGCGUGAUUAUGCUUCGCAGUCAAUAGUAGAAAGAUCCAUUUAAAGAAUGAUCGAUCAUGAUAUUUUCCUGCCUAAUAGUUUCUUACUUAAUUAGUAGCGUUGAAAGAAGUGGUAACUUGGUCAGCUGUUUAUAGUAAUUGGCUACAUUAGAUAAACAGAAAAUUAAAUUUACCUCUCUUAAGUUAAACCUUAUGGCGCCAUUGCUAGAAAAAUGCCUUUUGCAUAUGCUAUUACUUGAGAUGAUCUUAAACGUUAAUUAUAUUUACAUGUUGAUUCAUAAUUUAUAAUAAAAUACAGAGGGAUUCUUUUAAAAAUAAAUUUCAACUGAUUUGGAAUGUGAGUAGAAGCUGCAUCUUCUGGAAUAUCAGCUCUAAAGAGUUUUGGGUAGAACAAUUCUAUGAAACAUGGGAUUUGCCACUGACCUGCAAGGAAAAUCAUCACAUGAAGCUCUGAUGUCUUUACAAGAUGCUGAAUUGAGGCUUCUAGAGAAUAUGAAGCGAUGUAUGUCCUUAAGGGUAAAAUGUGAUAGGGAGUAUGCUAUUGCUCUAAAUUCUGUUUGCAUUCAAACAUUGAAAAUUGACCAAACAGAGUUGAAGGGAAGUAUGGUAGCUCGAGCAUGGAGUGUAAUUGCGGAAGAGACUGAAGCUAUGGGUCGAGUUGUUAAACAAAAUGCUGAUUACCUUGCAUCUCAUACUAUCGAUGACAUGAAUGCCUUAAUAUUAGAAAAGAGAGCUCUGCGUAAACUUUAUACAGAUGAACACAACAGAAUUCAUGGUGAACUAUUGCGUCUUCAAGAUGCUGUGAACAAAACUAGGAACCUGUAUGAAAAAUAUUUAGAACUGUGGAGAGUUUCGAAAGCAAAGUAUGAAGAUCAGUAUGUUAAAGGCAAAGCUGGAAAGAAACUUGAUGAAGCAAAGGAACGAUAUGUAAAAAUUACAAACAAACUUCACCGUCUGCACAAUGAUUAUGUUAUUUUGGUACACGAAGGAAAAGAAUAUGAAAAGCAUUUACGUACAACCCUUUUACCAUCCCUUCUAGAGUAUCACCAAAAUGUUCUCCAAGAAACUGUAGAUAGAUGGAAAACUCUAAUGUUACAGUUUGCUGCUUACACCGACUUUUCAAAUGACACAUUUCGUUCUUUGAAUAUAAAAAUAAAAAAGAGUAUCGAGUCAGUUGCUGGGGAAGAUGAAUACAAGGAUUUUACUGACAAACACAGAUCAAAUCCACCUCAACCUCUUGAUUUUAAAUUUGAUGAAACUCUUUUAUAUGACUACAGUGGUUCUUUGAAACCAAAUCAGUUGGCUCUAGAUGAUAUGACAUUUGAUGCUUUAAAAGAAAAGUUGCAAGAUUUGAAAGAAAAAUUGUUCCAGUGUCAGACAUUAGUAAAAGAAAAAGAGCUGGAAAUAGGCCAGUGUGAAAAUGAAAUAAGAUCUGUACGAAAAACAUCGGAAACAGAAAACAUGCAUUCUGUGAAGCGACGUGCCAUUGGUAUAUUGCGUAAAGAACUUGGUGAAAUCAAGUGCCAAGAGCAAAGGCACCAGCAGCUGUACAAUCUUAUAUCAAGUUGGGUUAACAAUGUUGAUCCUAAAGACCUUCCUCCUGGUCUUGAACUGCCUGAUGUUUCGUCAAGUGACACAAAAGAAGAUGAUGCCUCUAGUCUGAAUGCUUUGGGAAGGAGAUCUGCACGAAUAAUAAUGUCAAAGUUGCGGCAGCCAUUUCAUGCCUUUCAUAAAAAAGUAAAUAAUACAUUUGAUGAAUCUUUUACUUCACAAGGGAUUAAUCAAAGUUACUCUCUUACAAAUCCUGGCCAUGAUAAUGUGAUUUUAAAUCCCUCAUAUACUAGUCUUCAGGAUGAAGAUUGGUUUCAUGGAGUUCUUCCACGAGAAGAAGUAGUUCGUCUUUUAGUAAAUGAGGGUGAUUAUUUAGUUCGAGAAACAUACAGAAAUGAUAGCAAGCAGAUUGUCCUUUCUGUUUGUUGGGAAGGUCACAAACAUUUUAUCAUACAAACCACACCAGAUGUAUGUAUCUAGAAAUUUGGUAUUUUC